ACGCCCGCUAUGGCCCCUGCGCUGAGGAGAGGGUGACGCCCCAUACUUUGGACCCUCCUCGCUUCCCGUCCGCCUGAGGGGAGCGACCGGCAGAGAGCCGCAGCCUCUCCCGGCGGAGGCGGUGGCGGGACGCGAACACUGAGGCAGACGAGCUGCUUCCUCCUCCUCCUAAGAUGGCGGCAGACUCCACGGAGCAGUUCUGCGUGGCCGAGGAGCGGAGCGGCCACUGCGCCGUGGUGGACGGGAACUUUCUCUAUGUGUGGGGGGGAUACGUGUCAAUUGAAGAAAAUGAAGUUUAUCUGCCUAAUGAUGAGCUCUGGAUCUAUGAAAUGGAUAGUGGGCUAUGGACAAUGCACCUGAUGGAAGGAGAGCUGCCCACCUCCAUGUCAGGAAGCUGUGGGGCAAGCAUUAAUGGGAAGCUGUACAUUUUUGGUGGAUUUGAUGAUAAAGGCUACAGUAAUCGGCUGUAUUAUGUUAAUUUGCGGACAAAAAAUGGAACCUAUAGGUGGAAAAAAAUAACAAAUUUUAAAGGUCAACCUCCUACCCCACGUGACAAGCUUUCCUGCUGGGUGUAUAAGGACAGGCUAAUAUAUUUUGGUGGCUAUGGCUGUAGGAAACACAAUGAACUGAGUGAUUGUUUUGAUGUCCACGAUGCAUUUUGGGAAGGCCAGAUAUUCUGGGGAUGGCAUAAUGAUGUUCACAUUUUUGAUACAACCACACAAACUUGGUCCCAACCAGCAAUUCGAGGUGGAGAUCCACCUCAGCCUCGAGCAGCUCACACAUGUGCUGUGCUAGGAAAUAAAGGUUACAUCUUCGGAGGACGAGUGCUGCAAACUAGGAUGAAUGAUUUGCACUGCCUGAAUUUAGACACUUGGACUUGGUCUGGAAGAAUUAAUAUCAGUGGAGAGAAACCAAAGGAUCGAUCCUGGCACACGUUGACUCCGAUAGGAGAUGACAGACUUUUUCUUUUUGGGGGGCUAAGCUCUGAUAAUGUUCCUUUAAGUGAUGGCUGGAUUCACAGUGUUACAACAAAUGGAUGGAAACAGCUCACCCACUUGCCUAAGAGUAGGCCUAGAUUGUGGCACACAGCCUGCCUUGGAAAAGAGGGAGAAGUGAUGGUGUUUGGUGGAAGCAAAGAUGACCUGCAUUUCAUGGACACAGGUCACUGCAGUGACUUGUUGAUAUUUCAGACUCAACCUUAUUCACUCCUCAGGCUGUGUCUUGACUGCAUCGGUAAGAACGCAACUCUCCUCAAGAAUCAGAUACCCUGCUUGCCAUCAAAACUUCUGCAGCAAGUGCUGAAAAAGAUCACCUUCUGGGCUGCAGUCAGCCACAGGCAGGAGAAAAAAGCUGAAACUGAAAGACAAAACCAACUGAACACCACAUGAAGGACAUCAAUCAGCCAAAGCGUUGAACACUUGGGUUUAUCUACGGUGUGCAGCAGGGUCUUUUGCUAGUGAACUUUUACUAAUGCUACAGAACAACUCUAUGUUAAGCUCAGUUUCUAAAGUGAGGUUUGAGAACAAAGAAAUCCUUUUCAUGGAAGCCUCCUUGUUUUCUGCAGUAUAGAAAACUGAUCAAAUUUUGUAUAUAUAUAUAGAGUUAAUUUCUGCAGUUGUGGUCUUAAUGAGGCAGUCCAUACAACUUAAUUAUUUUUUGAAGGUAACAAAGAUGGUUCAAAAUGUUUUCCAGUGGGAUUAAAAACAAUGGCAUAAGUCAAAAAUCUUGCUCCAGCCUUAGCACAUCAGCCUUUCCACAAAGACAGAAUUGGUUCAACGCACUAUCCUUGGAGGAUUCACAGCCUUGGGAAAGGUAGCAACCUACUAACCACUACUGAAUCUAUCUGAUUCCACCAGACUCUGUGAUCUGGCCAUCCAGAAGUAGGAAAAACCAGUACAGUAACCGUGGAACUGGGAGAAGAAGCUGCAGUGAGCAGCGCUGCUGUUUGUAUAAGAAAACCUCUGAGCAGUUCACAAAAUGGUUUUGCCACGUUUGUCAGCAAGAAGCCCUUCUUUUGAAAUGGGUUGUAUAUUGUAUUUUGGAUGUGUAAAGUUUAUAUUUCUUGGUUUAAAAAAAAAAUAAUGCUUAUUUAUUGUUUAAGAGGAGCAUAUGUAGUACUUGCUAUUUUCCUGUUUCAAAUAUCUAGGAGCACAGUCAUUAAAAUUUUAUA